CGGUGUUUUAUUAAUUUCUGUUUUUUUUAUUUUAAACAAAGCAUAAAAAUGAUUAAGAACGUUGUGACGUUGGUAACUGGUGGCGCAUCUGGCCUGGGACGUGCCACAGCGGAGCGUUUGGCGCGUCAAGGAGCCAGUGUCGUCCUGGCCGAUUUGCCCUCAUCCAAAGGUAACGAAGUUGCCAAGGAGCUGGGCGACAAGGUAGUCUUUGUGCCCGUGGACGUCACCUCGGAGAAGGAUGUUAGCGCUGCUUUGCAAACUGCCAAGGAUAAGUUUGGUCGCCUGGAUUUUACGGUUAAUUGUGCUGGCACUGCUACCGCUGUGAAGACUUACAACUUCAACAAGAAUGUUGCACACAAGCUAGAGGACUUCCAGCGUGUCAUCAACAUCAACACUGUGGGCACGUUCAAUGUGAUUCGUUUGUCUGCUGGAUUGAUGGGCGCCAAUGAACCCAAUCAGGAUGGACAACGUGGCGUUAUUGUGAACACUGCUUCUGUGGCAGCCUUUGAUGGUCAGAUUGGUCAAGCUGCUUACUCUGCCUCUAAGGCAGCUGUUGUGGGCAUGACGUUGCCCAUUGCCCGUGAUCUGAGCACGCAGGGUAUUCGCAUUUGCACCAUUGCGCCGGGUUUGUUCAAUACUCCAAUGUUGGCUGCGCUGCCAGAGAAGGUGCGCACUUUCUUGGCCAAGUCUAUACCCUUCCCUCAGCGUCUGGGUGAGCCCAGCGAAUACGCCCAGCUGGUCCAGUCUAUCUAUGAGAAUCCCUUGCUCAAUGGCGAGGUUAUUCGUCUGGAUGGUGCUCUCCGCAUGAUGCCCUAGACAUGUGCUAAAAAUCCCAACUCAAUUGCAUUUAUAUUUUUGUGAAAUUUGUCUAUUAUAAGUCCAAAGUAAAGCUAUAAAAUCACCGAUUUAUUGACUUUUAUCGGUGACUUCGAUUAUUUCAAUUGGAAA